GCGGCGGCGGCGAGAGGCCGGAGCGGAGAAACCUCGGGGCGGCGGCGGCGGCGGCGGCCUGCCCAACCCGGCCCAGCCGGUCCCCUCGACCCUCCGCUGCGCCGCCGCCAUGUCCUCCUCGUCCUCAUCUCCUGGAGAGCCCUACGAGGAGCGAGAGUACGAGAGCCAGGCCAAGCGCCUCAAAACGGAGGAGGGCGAGAUCGACUACUCGGCUGAGGAAGGCGAGAGCCGCCGGGAGCCCGCGCCCCGGGGCGGGGGCGAGGGAGGCGGCCGGAGCUACUCUCAGCCGGAGGCAGGUGGAAGUCAUCAUAAAGUUUCUGUUUCUCCUGUUGUUCAUGUUCGAGGGCUGUGUGAAUCAGUUGUGGAAGCAGACCUUGUGGAAGCUCUUGAAAAAUUUGGAACAAUAUGCUAUGUGAUGAUGAUGCCAUUUAAACGCCAGGCUCUAGUGGAAUUUGAAAACAUAGAUAGUGCCAAAGAGUGUGUUACCUUUGCUGCUGAUGAACCAGUUUAUAUAGCUGGCCAACAAGCCUUUUUCAACUACUCUACAAGUAAAAGGAUCACUCGGCCAGGAAAUACUGAUGAUCCAUCAGGGGGCAACAAGGUUCUUCUUUUAUCUAUUCAGAACCCCCUCUACCCAAUCACAGUGGAUGUUUUAUAUACAGUGUGCAAUCCUGUUGGAAAAGUGCAACGGAUUGUCAUAUUCAAGAGAAAUGGAAUACAAGCAAUGGUUGAGUUUGAAUCAGUCCUUUGUGCCCAGAAAGCUAAAGCAGCACUAAAUGGAGCAGAUAUAUAUGCUGGAUGUUGUACACUAAAAAUUGAAUAUGCGAGGCCAACUCGCCUAAAUGUUAUUAGGAACGACAAUGACAGUUGGGACUACACAAAACCAUACUUGGGAAGGCGAGAUAGAGGAAAGGGUCGUCAGAGGCAAGCCAUUUUGGGAGAACACCCUUCAUCCUUUAGACAUGAUGGAUAUGGUUCACAUGGUCCAUUGUUGCCUUUACCAAGCCGUUACCGAAUGGGCUCCCGAGAUACACCUGAACUUGUUGCAUAUCCCCUACCACAGGCUUCUUCCUCCUAUAUGCAUGGGGGGAAUCCUUCCGGUUCAGUUGUUAUGGUUAGUGGGUUACAUCAGCUGAAGAUGAAUUGUUCAAGGGUCUUCAAUCUGUUCUGUUUAUAUGGAAAUAUCGAAAAGGUAAAAUUUAUGAAAACCAUUCCUGGUACAGCAUUGGUAGAAAUGGGUGAUGAAUAUGCUGUAGAACGAGCUGUCACACAUCUUAAUAAUGUCAAGUUAUUUGGGAAAAGACUUAAUGUUUGUGUGUCUAAGCAACAUUCAGUUGUGCCUAGUCAAAUAUUUGAACUAGAGGAUGGUACAAGCAGUUAUAAAGAUUUUGCCAUGAGCAAAAAUAAUCGCUUUACAAGUGCUGGUCAGGCAUCCAAGAACAUAAUCCAGCCACCCUCUUGUGUGCUGCAUUAUUACAAUGUUCCAUUGUGUGUUACAGAAGACACCUUUUCAAAGUUAUGUAGUGAUCAUGAAGUUCUCACAUUUAUCAAAUACAAAGUGUUUGAUGCAAAACCUUCUGCCAAAACACUCUCUGGCCUAUUAGAAUGGGAAUGCAAGACGGAUGCAGUAGAAGCCCUUACUGCUCUUAAUCACUACCAAAUAAGAGUUCCAAAUGGUUCUAAUCCCUACACAUUGAAACUUUGCUUCUCAACUUCAUCCCAUUUAUAAGAAGAGAAGAGGAUAGCAUGUUAGGAGCUACAUUCGUCUUUACAAUUUUCAAACUACACUUCAUUUUCAAAAUCUAAAGUGGUUGAUCUAAUGUUGCCUUGCUCUCUCUUAAGACCUUGUAUGUUGUUUUAUAAUAAACAGAUUUCUUUUGGCCUCAAGUGAAUUUGUUGUAAGCUUAAAUAUUGUUUUUAUUUUAAAAUAGUAUAACUACAUAACAUGUAGAAUAUCUGCUUCUGCUUUGUAGAUUAUGCAGUUAUAUUGUUUCUAAUAUUAGUUACAAUUAUUUUUUUCACACUUGGAAAUGUAUCUGCAUUUGCGGAUGUCUUUCCAUUGUGAAUGAAAUAAAUUGGCAAGUGAAAGUAUUGCUUUUUAAUAUAGUAGAAUCCAAUGUUAUCUGUUUAAUUAUUUAGGUUUGUCAAUGUUAUCCACAUGAAAUAUAACUUGUAUUUAUAAAGUGUGCUCAUUCAGGAUAACAUGACACAUGGUGAAUUUUAAUUACUACAGAUACACUUAAUUUUAUAUUUCCAAAAGGUUAACAGACAUGGAUACCCUUGUACAGUAUUCACUCAGACUUAUUUAAAUUGGUGUAUUUUUUUUAGCCAUUGUCCAUUUGUAUUGACAUGCUGCAUUUGUUGCUAGUUCCAGUUGGGGAUUUUAUAAUUAAAGUUUCAACAUUGA